AUGUCGGCUAAUCGCAGGUGUCAGACGCGGCGUUGGCUAUCAUUUAUCACAUCUUUAAAGGACGUCCCUGUGGGAAUAUUAACCAGAGCGCUGCCACAGAUCCACUCUUUAAGGAAGUCUUUAGUGAUAUUACAGCUGACAUCACAUCAGGUGAAGAAGGAGGAAGAGGAGGAAGAGGAGGAGGACACUUACAGAGACGACAGGAAUAUCUCCAAACAGAGGGGUCAGAGGUCAGCUGGUCUUUCUUACCAAUCAGACUGUUUAUCUCAAAGAAAAGAGGAGUUUAAGUCCAGGAGACAACCAAGAUGGCUGCCAAUGAAGUUAGGAAGUUAUUCUACAGCUGAGGUUUCGUCUACAGACUUUGACAUUUUUGCUUUUUAAAGGGAUAUUCCGGCGUAAAAUCAAUUUAGGGUCAAACACACUGUAACACAGAGUUAGACCCCCCCUCCAGAGAUGAAUGUUGCCGACCGCUUGCUUCUCUAGUUAUACCAACUUUAGUCACGACCGCAGGAUAGAAAUACAGAGAGACACGCCCUCAACCAAAACGCCACUCUAUAGCCACAAAUAAUGCUCAGAACAGCACCUAACUUCAUCAACAGGACAUAUAGGGUCACAGACAUAGAACUAGACACCAAACAUCUUUUUAACUUUGACUUCAGGCCAGUCCAUUACAGACUACAGCGGGGUGCCGCAGCUCAAGGAAGAACAUUUAUGAUCAUUUCUUCAUGGAAAUACAAUCAGACCGAGACGCUAAGAUAGAAGAACUACAGCGUCUGCAGAGAAAAAUGAUUAAUAUGAUGAUUAUUACUUCAAGGAAAUGAUAAAGAAAUGAUCAUAAAUGUUCUUCCUUGAGCUGCGUCACCCCGCUGUAGUCUGUAAAGGACUGGCCUGAGGUCUCACUACAAACAAGCGUCUGCUGGAAGAGAGUAGGUGGGUAGGUAAUAUCCCUUUAAUAUCAGUGUCCGUGAACUAAAUCAAACUAAAAUCUAACACUCUUUUGGAAAGGACAACUGGAUUUAUUAGGGACGUUUCGCCUUAGCGAAGUUGUCCUUUCAACAAAGAACUGGAAAUCCUAGAUGCUGCAUCCUCAGUUUUAAGCAUAAUGCUGAACAAUAUCUCCAGGUUUAGGAUAAAGAAAAUUAAUUUUACACUGGAUUAUCCCUUUAAAUAUUUGAACCAAUAAAAAGUCAUUUCAGUCCCUCAAACUUCAAACUCGGUCAAACAUUCGUAUCAAAGUUGUUCUUGUGUUUAAAUCUGUCGUGUUUUACUCUCUAAACACUCGAACUUUUGUUGUUUUUGGAUUCUUUACCUCAGUUUGUUGGUUAAGCUUAGACUCCCACAAUGCAAUGCUGCUUAGCUCGGCUUUUGUUCUGUUAGUGACGACAUUUAUUGUUGCUUUAAGUUGUUUUUUUAAUUAUUAUUAUUAUUAUUAUUAUUGGACACAAAAACCAAAAGAUGGUUUAGUUAUACCCUCUAUUUGUGGUCUUAAAUAUUAUUCACUAAAUACCGUGCUAGUUUAUCUCUGCAUGGAUUUACAGUCCAGGACCAGUUUCUGACUUGAGGGUCAAAUUUGUCUUGUCUUAUCUUCUUUGUUUGAGAGGUUACAGGGUCCAGAUUCAGCCUCGAAUGUCCCAAAAACAGAGGGAAACUGAAGAUCAGAAAAGGAGCUGCCAAAGCGAAAACUCUCAGCAGUGGGUUCAGCUUUUUAGACGUAUAAACUUGUAAGUUUUGGUUUAUUUUGCAGGGUCUCCUUUAAAGGAAAAGCUCCCAACUCCUGGUAUAAAUGAAGCUUCUUUUUUGACACAGUAAUACGUAUUCUUUAAACUCUGCUCUCUCCUUGUAAAAAUAGAUGUAACUGGAAAGUGCGCUCGUUGAAUAAAGACAAAUGAAAGCGGGAUUGUUCUGGACUAAUGCGGCCUCGCUGAACUCUGCUCGUCCUGCAGCAGCAGCAGCUUCAUCAAUCUCUGAUCUCUGAGGAGAAACCGCUCAGUUUUUGGCUCUCGUUCAGGAGCUCUCUGUUCCUCAGACGUCCUGAAGAUUAGAAAUCACCAACCUGGUGAUUCUCCACAAACUCACACUGAACUGAAGGGAGAGUCUGAAGCUGCUGUCUGCUGGUCUGGAGUCAAACUGUUUGAAGGUUUUUAAAGUAAAUGUUGCAUGAUGAUGACACGGAGAACAUCUGAGCUGUACAGUCGGGACAUCUGUAAGCUGUCGGAGGGAAAGACAUAAACGGAUUUGAGUGAUUAACUCCACCUUCCUUAAUUAAACAGACUGCUGUUUGCAAGCUGCUGAGGCAGUUUAGGAGGCCGAUUCCCGAACAGAGUGAACAGAUCAGACAAAACGCAGGAAUCUCUUCUCUCUAAAGCUGCGAUCAGUCCCGGCCCGGCCCGGCUCGGCCCGGCGUAGCUCGGCUCUUCUUGUCAGCUGAUGAUUUGUGGGUCUCACAGGAGAGGAACGGGAAGAACUCCUCUAGGUUAAAAUCUGCAAACAAUGAGUCUUCUCCGGGUGUGAUGGAUGGUCCACAUCCCGGCCCAUUUGUCUGUGCUUUACGCUCACCAGUAUCAAUUGUUAAAGAAACUUUGCUUAACAUGCAGUCCUGA